AUGUUAGCGCCUGAUGAACACGAAUCAAGCAGAAAUAGAGUUCCGCCUAGUGAUUCUUACAUAAGCGAUUACAGACAAUUUAAUUGAUCAAAUUAAGAUCUAUAAAAGCCAAAAGAAUUGUAAUGAAAUGGAAUAUAUCUUGGUAAAUUUAAAAUCAACAAAUUAUCAUUAAAAGAAGUGGAAAUUAAGUUGAAAGUAGGAAAAUAGAAUUCUGGUGUCGCGACAGUGAUGCGUCGGCGAUGCACUGUAAUCUUGAGCAUUCGGGAGGAUAGUCGUGUAGUGUGCACGACCUCGAAGGUUUUCCUUAGACAAAGACGAUGUGGGCAAUCUUUAGAUCUCCUUGCGAAGUCUAGAGAUUAAUGAAAUGGGUUGUCAAAUUGUCUCCAAUAGUUAUCACCCAAUGGAGCAGAAAAAAGACGACUUUGUGGCUCUCUAGCAGCUGUCACCUGACAGAGAGGAGCUGAAUGGAGGUGAGGCACUUGUUAGGGAGCUUUAUCCUCAAGUCUGCGCAGCAAGAGAAGGCUCUUCAUCACAUUUGGUAUGCUCUCAGGAGGUGGCAACUCAUCUCCUAGUAGAUCGUCUUCUUCCCAAUGACGGCUUAUUCAUCGAUCAAUUGGAGAUACUUUACUCGAUGGAUUCAUGGUCCAUUUAUCGUGAAUCGUUCAACAAUUUUAGUAACAAUGCUCUGCGAAUUGUGUUGACUAAAUUUUCGCUGAUGAUCCAGCGAUUCUUGUUGCCUAAUCCUUCCCUGGUGA